GCAUGCGGGCAACACUGCAGCUCCUGGUGGCAGCGACGCACCUUCUAGUGGCGACCCGGGCCCACUACCUGAACGCAUGGGCGGUGCGCAUCCGAGGUGGCCGCCAAGUGGCUGACCAACUGGCGUACGAACUGGGCUACGCGAAUGUCGGACCGCUCCGAGGCCUGAAGGACACGUACCUGCUGCGAAAGAUGGACCAACCAGAGCGUUCCAGACGCUCGGCGCGGACAUUCACUCGCCGCCUGACCGAGGACUCCAGGGUCGUGUGGGCCGAGCAGCAAAUGGUGAGGCCGCGAGAAAAGCGAGGCCUGGCACAGGACUGGGAGACGCUGCGCUUCAACGACCCGCUGUGGAGCCACCAGUGGUACAUCCACGACACGCGUUCCUCGCCGGAACUGCCCGAGCUGGAUCAUCGAGUCACCAAGGUGUGGGACAUGGGCUUCACCGGGAGGGGCAUCGUCGUCACCGUUAUGGACGACGGACUAGAGUGGAACCACACUGACCUGACGCAGAACUACGCACCCGAGGCGAGCUACGACUUCAAUGACGACGACCGCGAUCCCUUCCCACGGUACGACCCUCAGGACCUCAACAACCACGGAACGCGCUGUGCCGGAGAGAUCGCCAUGACUGCCAACAACCGAAACUGCGGAGUUGGCGUGGCGUACGAAGCACGCAUCGGAGGUAUCCGCAUGCUGGAUGGGGACGUAGUGGACGCCGUCGAGUCCACAUCGCUAGCGUUCAACGUCGAAGCGAUCGACGUGUUCAGCGCAUCGUGGGGCCCUUCGGACGACGGGCGCACAGUGGACGGCCCCAAGCGGCUGGCCAGCGAGGCCCUCGAGCGGGGCGUGACCCGUGGCCGCGGGGGCCGCGGCUCCGUCUACGUGUGGGCCUCGGGCAACGGCGGCGCCAAGGGGGACAACUGCAACUGCGACGGCUACGCGGGUUCCCCGUACACCCUGUCCGUGUCCGGCGCCAGCCAGCGCGGCCGGUUCCCUUACUACGGCGAGAAGUGCGCCUCGACCAUGGCGGCCGCCUACUCGUCGGGCGCCUACACCGACCAGAAGGUGUCCACCUCCGACCUGCACGACAGCUGCACCACGCAGCACACGGGCACCUCGGCGUCAGCGCCGCUGGCAGCGGGAAUCGUGGCACUCGUUCUCCAGGCAAACCCGGACCUUGGCUGGCGUGACGUGCAGCAUCUGGUAGCCUGGACGUCGGACUUCGCACCACUCAGCUCUAACCGCGGCUGGAAACGAAAUGCUGCCGGCCUGCUCUACAACAGCCGCUUCGGGUUCGGACUCAUGGACGCGCAUGCCAUGGUACAGGCCGCCCUGAACUGGACCAACGUGGGGCGUCGCGAACAGUGCCGACUCGAGCCGUCGGCACUGCUGCCGCGCCGGCUGGCCUCUCACCAGCAACUGCAGCUGGCCUUCGACGCCAGCCUGUGCCCACUGGCGGCGCUCGAACACGUCCAAGUGCACCUGGACCUGCAGUACUCGCAGAGGGGAGCCCUGGACGCCUACCUGCGGUCACCGGCCGGCACCGAAAGCGUGCUUCUCUACCGCCGAGCCAAGGACACCACGGGCCAAGGAUUCCGCAACUGGACCUUCCUCACGGUCCACCUGUGGGGCGAAGACCCGCGCGGCCUCUGGGUCCUCGUCAUUAGGGACAAGUACGGUCAGGACAACGUCGGACGACUGAACGCGGUCUCAAUGACGCUCAGUGGCACACGUGAGCAGCCCGCCUACCAGGUGAUGAACGACGGACGUCGUCGAUACGACGACGAACAACUGGCACAUGACGUCAUCGACACAGUCCCGGAGUACGAAGAGGAAGAGGAGGCACAUCGCGCAGCGGUCAUCCAGCGAAGUCGCCUGCAGCAGGUGCUGCUCGGAGAGAACCUCAUCGCCCCGAACUGAACAGCCUGUGGGGCCGUCUCGUCGCAGAAGACUCUCCUCCCGGUUCUUCGAUUGUGCAACACAAUCUCAGCCGCAGCGGUGGCUGUUGCAGACGUGUCUCGAUCCUUCUGCGCCCCGAAAUGUCACCGACAGAACUCACGGUGAAUGCCGGCAUUAGCCUUGUCGGUCCUUGCCUACGAGCCCCAGUGCGUGGAACGUUAUACCAAUAAAAAGACCUGGGAGCCAGAGUUUGUUGAAACGUCUGGCGCCCAGGCACAUCCCCGCACCAUUGACAAGAUAUGUGUGACCUAUUAAAUAACAGGACGAAAGAAGAAAA